CACCUCUGCCUCUGCAGCAGUCAGUCGGUAAAUCACGUGACUUUUCCGGUAAGCACACACCCACCGCUCUCAGCUGUCUCCAUGUUGCUCAGGAAGUCUCUCCAGUCUCUACACUGUUGCCGAGCCUUUCAGGAGCGAGCAUCUAGUUGGGAUCAUGUCUAAGAAGGGAGGAAACCAAAGGCCGGAGAUGGAGGGUUCGGUGGAGGCGUCCAUCAUCCGCAUCCCCCCCCAUCACUACAUCCACGUGCUGGACCAGAACACCAACAUCGCCCGGGUGGAGAUCGGACCGCUCACCUACAUCCGCCAGGACAACGAGAGGGUGCUGUUCAUGCCGGUGCGGAUGGUGAUGGUGCCGCCGCGUCACUACUGUGUGGUCCUCAACCCCGUCGCCCGCGACGAUGACAAUCAGGUGCUCUUCGACCAAUCAGGGCAGGCCAAGCUUCGCCACGCCGACCUGGAGAUCCGCCUCACCCAGGACCCCUUCCCCCUGUACCCGGGGGAGGAGGUGCAGCAGGACGUGACCCCGCUGCAGAUCGUGUUCCCCGACACGGCGCUGCGUCUGCAGGCUCUGCUCGACUUCGAGGAGGAACGUGGGCAGAAGAGAGUGGCCGGAGACGAGUGGCUGUUCGAAGGACCAGGGACCUACAUCCCCAGGAAGGAGGUGGCCGUGUUGGAGACCAUCAAGGCGACGGUGAUCCGGGAGAACCAGGCCAUCAGACUGAGGGCCCGCAAGGAGGGCGUGGACCGCGGGGGGGUCCGCAGGGUCACAGGUGAGGAGUGGCUGGUCAGUAAGGUGGGGGCGUACCUGCCAGGAGCUCACGAGGAGGUCCUCGACAUCGUCAAUGCUUUCAUCCUGACCGACAAGAAAGCGCUCCAUGUGCGCGCCCUGCGGCCCUUUAAGGACGCGGGGGGGCGGGACCGGCGCACGGGGGAGGAGUGGCUGGUGACCAUGGCCGACAGGGAGGCCCACAUCCCGUCCGUAUCGGAGGAGGUGGUGGGGGUGGUGGACGUGACCACUCUGAGCAGCAGGCACUACUGCGUCAUCCUGGACCCCGUCGGCCAUGACGGGAAACCCCAGCUGGGGCAGAAGAGAGUGGUGAAGGGUGAGCGCUCAUUCUUCCUGCAGCCGGGCGAGCGACUUGAACUGGGCAUCCAGGACGUGUAUGUGCUGUCGGAGGAGGAGGGGCUGGUGCUGAGAGCGGUGGAGGCGUUCAAUGACACCCUGGAGCGCGAUGAGGAAGAAGAAGAAGAGGAGGAGGAAGAGCAGGAAGAGAGGGCGAAGCGCUCGCGGAGGAGCGCCGUGCUCCGCCGCCCCGGGGACCGCUGGAUGCUGCGGGGCCCCAUCGAGUACGUCCCCCCCGCCACGGUGGAGGUGAUGGUGAGACGACAGGCCAUCCCAUUGGACGAGAACGAGGGCAUCUACGUCCGGGACAUCAAGACCGGAAAGGUGCGUGCAGUGAUUGGUCAGACCUACAUGCUGACUCAGGAUGAGGAGCUGUGGCAGAAGGAGCUUCCUGCCAACGUGGAGGCCCUGCUGGCAUCUCCUCUGGACCCGGUGGCCGACCGCUCGGACCGCAGCAAGACGGGAGUCAGCCGGCCCCGGGACAAGACCCGGGUGGUGUCCUUCAGGGUGCCCCACAACGCCGCCGUGCAGGUCUACGACUACAGGGAGAAGAAGGCCAGGGUGCUGUUCGGACCGGAGAUGGUGAUGUUGGGACCUGACGAGCAGUUCACGGUGCUGUCGCUGUCCGGAGACAAACCAAAGAGGGCCAACGUCAUCAAGGCCGUCUGCCUGCUGCUGGGGCCCGACUUCUUCACCGACAUCAUUACCAUCGAGACGGCCGACCACGCCCGCCUGCAGCUGCAGCUCUCCUACAACUGGAACUUUGAUGUGAAGCGCCCGGUGAGCCUUGAGGAUUCAGUCGCUCUGUUUUCUGUCCCUGAUUUUGUCGGAGAUUCCUGCAAAGCCAUCGCCUCCCGCGUCAGAGGAGCCGUUGCCUCCGUGCAGUUCGACGAUUUCCACAAGAACUCCAACCGGAUCAUCUGCUCGGCGGUGUUUGGUUUCGAUGAGAAGAUGGCGGUGCGCUCCACCCUCCGCUUCACGCAGAACAAGCUGGUGAUCAGCAGCGUGGACAUCCAGUCCGUGGAGCCGGUGGACCAGAGGACCCGCGACUCACUGCAGAAGAGCGUCCAGCUCGCCAUCGAGAUCACCACCAACUCCCAGGAGGCGGCCGCACGCCACGAGGCGGAGCGGCUGGAGCAGGAGGCCCGUGGUAAACUGGAGAGGCAGAGGAUCACUGACCAGGCCCAGGCGGAGAGAGCCAGGAGGGAGCUGCUGGAGCUGGAGGCCCUCAGUGCUGCGGUGGAGAGCACCGGCGCUGCGAAGGCGGAGGCUCAGUCCCGGGCGGAGGCGGCCCGCAUCCACGGCGAGGCGGCAGUCAACGAGGCCAAACUGAAGGCGGAGGCUCAGACCAUCGAGGCGGAGGCGGAGCUGCUGCGGCUGUCCCAUGCCCGUGAGCAGGAGCUGAACUACAAGAAGCGGAUGGAUGCUCUGGAGGUGGACAAGCAGAAGAGUAUGGCUAACAUCGAGAGCGAGCGCUUCAGUCAGUUGGUGCAGAGUCUGGGCAGCGACACGCUCAAGGAGAUGGCCAGGGCCGGUCCAGAGCUGCAGGUGAAGAUGCUGCAGGCUCUGGGGCUGAAGUCCACCCUCAUCACCGACGGCUCGUCUCCCAUCAACCUCUUCACCACCGCCAACGGCCUGCUGGGGGCGCUGCCGGGACAGGGCCAGUGAGGAGGAAGAGGAAGAGGAGGAGGAGGAGGAAGAGGAAGAGGAGGGGGAAGAAGGGAGGGGGAAGAAGGGAGGGGGAAGAAGGGAGGGGGAAGAAGGGAGGGGGGACAGAUAGUCCAAAAGUAAACCUCAACAGAUGCUCAUCUUUCUGACACUUUUUCUGCCGACUUAGCAAUAUAAUGUGCCUUUUUGAUUUAAAGAUGCACUUCCUGGGUUUGAUAAAGCUUCCCCAAAUCUCCUCUAAAGCGGCCCCUUACUGUAAGUGUCCUCUGUUACACAAUAAGGUAGUGCAUCUUUCAACUCUACCGUUUCCAUGCAGAGAUUUGCGCAAACUCUGGAGUUUCCCCCAGGGGAUCAUAAUGAAUGACCAUAAAAUGACCAGAAUUUAAGUAAAAAUUCCACCGCAAACAACCUACAGUAUUCAGACACAUCUCCACAUAAUUCAUCACAACUUAAUUCUUUCCAAAAAACGUUUCAAUAUUACAUAAUAAUAAUUGGAUGAUAAUAAAUGGAGAUAUUGAUGAUAUUGUGCAUCAAGCAAGAACAGAAAUAACCCAAAAUGAUCUGUCAAGCACUACGUUAUUUACAUUAUAUAAUAUUAUGUGUAUCACUAUAAUGAUAGCAAUACUUCAUCUUUAAAAUAUCACAGUUAUUCUCCAGAGCGACACAUGGUAUCCUCUCUUUUUCAAGCAGUCAUUUCAUCAUCGUCCAUUAGACUGUAGGAACCCAAAGAUCCCUCCUGCCAUGACUCUACAUCCUAACUGAUAACGUUUUAUUUCUACGUUUUUAUAAGCGUGUUUCUGCUGACAUUUAAGAUGUUCCUGUGCUGUGAUCUAUCUAAGUAUCCCACCACACGACUUUUGCCUUUUCGAAGCUUUGUUAAAAUAAAAUGUGAGGAUUACUUUGGGAAAGCUGUGCUGCGAAUGAAGAAGAAAUGUGCCUACAAACAACUGACAGCCAAUAUUCCUGCUUUGCACCUUUUAGAAAAAUAAGUGAAAUGCUGAAGUUUACAUAGUCCAUAUAAUGAACUGAUGAAGAGUAACCGGGUAUGAAAUAAGAAUAGGAUAGUGUCACUGUCUAUGUUUCUCUGCCUUAAAAAGUGAUGUAGUUUCUACAAUAAAAUGCUGCUUCUGCCACUUCUG